AAAAAAAUGGCAUAACCAGUGUGACAUCUAAGGACGAUAACGCUUGGCUGGACCAGGAAUGGCGGGCGGAGAAAAACUCUUGAAUGGGAAGACAGAGACCAGAUAGUAAAGGAUAGUGUUUGAAAAAUAAAUAAAUAAAUAAAGCUGAUAAUUCCUUCUAAGGAGAAAACUAGCUGAAAAAUGUCACUUUUGUUGUUACCUUCUUAGCUGUACUCUCCUUAACCACCCAAAAACUUGGAAAUAACGGCCCCUUAAUUUUUAUGCACUACAUAUUCACUGGAUUUUUAUUCUUAUUUGCAGGGGAUUAUGUAUGCAUUCAUCACUCAUCACACAUUCAGUGACCUAAUUCUUUAAAUUUGGUAUGUUUCAAUUUCAAGUUUAUUUAUUUAUCAUUUUUCACAUCUUUUAAGAAAUACCCAACAAUCAAAUGGUGUUUUAAGUAUCAAAAUGGUGAGAAUCGCACCCCAAUUAGAAGAAUGAAAGAAAAAACCGUCAAUCAGUAAGUUAACCCAUUUUCUCGAGUGAGUUUUUUCUUGAUUGAAUUGGGAAUUUUAGUUCUUGAUUGAAUUGUUGUUGUUUUUAGUGGAUUGUUGAUUGAAUGACAAUGGAGGGUAGAAGAGAAUUUUUAAGGAACAGUGAAAAUAAUGAUGUUGUAGUAUCCAUGAAUGCUCAAAUGUCUCCUGAUAUUACUCCAAAAAUAAGCCCCUUUUCAACUCCCCAAAGAUAUCAAAGAGUCCCAAUCCCAAAUGAGUUCAUAAGAAAGUACACUUCACUAAAAAGCUCCGGUUUAUCGAAACCUAAAUCGAGACUAGUUGAGCCACCAUCGCCUAGAGAUGAAACAUUAGAGGUUGAUAGCGCGAAUAUAGUAAGUAGUUCAAAAUCCCCUCUUAGAAAUACACCCAAAGUGUCUCCUAGAGUUGGUGUAGGCACUCCCAAAUCACCCUUUUCAACCCAAGGAAAAUACGGAAAGGAUGAAGAGGAAGUUUACAAAUCGGUUAUUCUUCAAGAAAAUCGAAAAUCUCGAAAGAAUUUCUUGGUCUUACUAGAAUGGAUUGUAUUGAUUAGCUUGAUAGGUUUAUUGAUCAAUAGCUUAACUAUCCACCAAUUGAAGGAUAUCUCAAUAUGCGGUUUAGAACUUUGGAAAUGGUGUGUUCUUGUAAUUGUGAUGUUUUGUGGUCGCUUGGUGACCGGAUGGUUCAUGACCAUUGUAAUUUACUUGGUGGAACGAAAAUUUUUGUUUAAGAAGAAAGCUAUAUAUUUUGCUUAUGGACUAAGGAACAGUGUACGCGUUUUCCUUUGGUUAAGUUUUGUACUUAUAGCAUGGAUUUUGUUAGUUAUACAUCGGAACCAUAGAACAAAAAGAACGAAAAAAGUGUUACAUUAUAUAACUAUGAGUAUUUCGGGGAGUCUAGUAGGGGCUGCAACAUGGCUAGUGAAGACGAUACUGAUUAAAACGUUAGCUUUAUCGUUCCAUGUUAAGAGGUUCUUUGAUCGGAUUCAAGAGUCAUUGUUGCAUCAAUAUGUUUUGCAAACGCUUUCUGAGCCACCGUGUAUGGAGAUGACAGAAAUUUCAGGCAGAUCAAGAUAUGGUGGUCAGCUGAAUUUAGAGCGAAGAACAAAAGGUGACGGAGUAAAAGAAGAUGUUAUCAACAUGGGCAAGCUUCACAAUAUGAACCGAGAAAAAGUGUCUGGAUGGACUAUGAAACGGUUGAUCAAGGUCAUAAGACGAACAAAUUUGUCUACGAUUUCUAUUGCUGCUAACUUUGGGGAUGAUCAUGAUAUCGGUAAGCAGUAUGAAGAUAUCACUAGUGAAUGGGAAGCAAAACUUGCUGCUGUUAAGAUCUUCCACAAUAUUGCUAAACCGGGUUGCAAGUAUAUUGAAGAGGAAGAUCUGUUGCGUUUCAUGAAAACCGAUGAGGUGAAGCAAGUGUUUCCUUCGUUCGAGGGGGCUAUUGAAACAGGAAGGAUCACGAAAUCUGCUAUGCAGAAAUGGGUGGUUGAUGCUUACCAGGAGCGGAAAAUUCUAGCUCUAUCGUUAAAUGACACAAAAACUGCAGUCGAAGAAUUAAAUAAAGUUGUUUCAAGCAUAGUCUUGAUAGAAAUUAUCAUUGUGUGGAAUCUUAUGAUGGAAUUCUUAACCCCAAGAAUACUUGUCUUCAUUUCAGCUCAACUGUUGCUUGCUGUGUUUAUGUUUGGCAACUCCGCCAAAACUGUUCUCGAGGCGAUUAUAUUUGUGUUUGUAAUGCAUCCAUUUGAUGUGGGUGACCGUUGUGUGAUUGAUGGUGUUCAGAUGGUUGUUGAAGAGAUGAACAUAUUGACGACGAUCUUCUUAAGAUAUGAUAACGAAAAGAUUACGUAUCCAAAUUCUGUUCUGGCAACCAAACCCAUCAGCAAUCUCAAUCGAAGCCCAGAAAUGAGUGACUCGGUGGAGUUUUCUAUCGACUUUUCAACUACAGUCGAUACCAUUGCUGCUCUAAAGACUAAGAUUAAAUUAUACAUAGAAAGCAAACCAGAAAUAUGGCGUCCAAGUCAUAGCGUGCAGCUGAUAGACAUAGUGAACAUUAACAACAUUAAGAUGGCUCUUUACAUCACCCACACGAUCAAUUUUCAGAAUAUUGGCGAAAAAGGCACCAGAAAGUCUGAUCUCGUCUUGGAAUUGAAGAAAAUAUUCGAGGAGUUGGGCAUCAAAUAUGAUCUUCUGCCACAGGAAGUGCAAAUCAGGUAUGUUGAUGCACCUGUAUGUGCUUCUGUGCCUCGGUUAUGAUCAAUUAUUCGACUGCAAGAAGUCAUACAUCUCAUGCUUAUGCGACUAGCCUGAUCUCUUGGAAGGAAUAUCAAUGUACAUGCUCGUAUAUAUGACUCCUUAUAGAAAUGCCCAUGACGAUUUGGUGUUUUUAAUCCUGAAACAGUGUGAAAUUCUUUCUGAAGUACGUUUUGGUGUCGCACCACAUUUGUUGCUUGUUUUGUGAUUAAGAUUUUGACGAUUAUUAAUACCUAUUGUGUCGAGAUCUUUUUGGUUAUUAUGAGCGUAUUCUGUUGUUAAUGGCAACAGAGAAUCAGUGAGACGAGAUUAUGGUAGGAAUGUUAUAAAGGUAUUAGAGAAUGUAUACACCGUAAUUACACAAUAUUAUAGUUAAUAACAAAUGAGCAUCAGUGUAG